CAGGUUGUUUAAUAACCUUGAACAUAUUUAUAUAUAAUAAUGAUCACAUUUCUUCUGUAAUUUUAUCUAAAUUGUUUACAAGAAUAAAUAUAUUGUUUGAUUUGUUGCUUGACUUCUUAUUUUUACACUAAAAGUUUUCCUCCUCCAUGAAACACAUUUAAUCUGAGGUUUAAAUCAACACCAAUCUGCUGCACCUUCAUCUAAAAACUAUGUAGAAACACAUGAGAUGUGGCGAGUGGCCAGUUAUUAAUGUCGAGAAGGACAAGGAUCUACGUUUCUCUCGGCCUCUUCACAGACAGAUCAUUUUUCUGCUCCUCCUCUAAAGACUUCUGGUCUUUACAUCAGAAAGAGAUGAAAAAAGCUUGCGGUCAGAGCGAGUUGCACUGCCACUUCCCCUCACUCCUGUAGCUGUAAAUGAUUCUGAAGCUCACUGAUAAUUUCCUCCUUGUGAACAGAGAUCAAGUCUCAUCAUGAAGAUCCUCCACAUUCACUUCUAUCUACUUGUGUUCUGUGGAGCUGCUGAAUGUUUCACAGAGAAGUCUGUAGAUUUGGGACAAAAUGUGACUCUAAAGUGUGAAGUAUCAGUAAAUAAUGUGUACUGGUUCCUGAUGAAGGCGUCAGAACCUCCAGUGUUUAUAUUACGCUCUUUCUUCAGUAUUUCCCUGACAGCAGAUUACAGUAACACAACCUUCAACAAGAGAUUCUCACUGCAGUAUAACAGCAGUUUAUUUAUACACAAUAUCAGUACUAAUGAAUUAGGAGUCUAUUAUUGUAUUUAUAUUCAAAAAGGUUCAUCUCCAAACAUCAGCCGUGGAAUCAGACUUUACAUCCAGAGUCACUCAGCUGAGAAUCAGACGUGUAAGACUGAAGUGUGUCAGAAUCAGACACCUGAUAAAGAUGGAAAGAUCAGACUCUGGAGAAAUCUCUUCAUCAUAACAGGACUUGUGAUCGGUGUUGUGAUGGUUGCAGUCACAGUCUCCAUCAUAAUCUGCUGUGGAAAAUCCAGAUCUCCAGACUGUGAUGUGAAGCUUCUGGAAGUCACUGGAACACAGAGCUGGUCAUCAAAUGCAAAAAAUGACAGCAGCUACACUGUGGUGGGGUUUAUUCCAUUUCACCCUUUGAAGUAGCACACACACACACACACACACACACAUCGGUUUUUGCUUUUUUCAUAAGCUGUACUGCGGGGUUGCGGUUCUAGUCUGAAAACUAACACAUCUCACACUUGCUCUCACACACCAAAGAUGGCUGGAGCUUCAAUGCACAUCUUCUCUUCCUGUCUUUGUGCUGUUUAACACCAGGCCAUA